GAAUGGCGGUACUAACGGCGUACUGGGGCCUCGACGGUAUCCUACUGUUCUUCGCCUUUUGGAUACUCGCUUACCUCUAUACGACGAGAAAAUUCAAGUAUUGGCAGAAACGCGGUAUAAUGGAGAUCCCGCCGUUGCCGUUUAUCGGCAAUUUUUGGGAUUGCAUCUUCAUGAAAAAAUCUUCGUGGGAGUUCGUCCAGGAGCUCUACGAGCGAUCCAAGGGAUUACCCUAUAUGGGUUUCUACAUAUUCGACAAGCCCUUCAUCCUGAUACGCGAUCCCGACUUGGUGAAGCACGUUCUCGUCAAAGAUUUCAAUUAUUUCUCGGACAGAUACGCAUGCUCGGACGUGAACGAUCGUUUGGGCUAUGCCAAUCUGUUCAUGAUGAAAAAUCCCGGCUGGAAAAUUCUAAGGGCGAAACUCACUCCGAUCUUUACGUCCGGCAAAUUGAAGAAGAUGUUCGAGCUGAUGAUCGAGAUCGGCAACGAUCUCGACAGAUAUCUCGAUUCCGCAGGACUGGAAGGUAAAGGAAAGGACAUGGAGAUGAAGGAUGUGUGCGCGAAAUUUACCACCGAUCUAAUCGGCACCACCGCCUUCGGCCUUCGGGCUAAUUCCCUAAGCAAUCCGGAUGCCGAAUUUCGUAAAUUCGGCCACAAAAUAUUCGACUACGACAUCGGUCGUGGCUUCGAGUUGAUGUCGAUAUUCUUCAUGCCGGGCAUCGUCAAAACAAUACGCGCCAAAUUCUUCGGGAGAGAAGUCAGCAACUUUCUCCGUGGCAUCUUUUGGGAGGUUAUCAACGAGCGCAUAGCCUCCGGUACUAAGAGAAACGACCUGAUCGAUCUGCUGAUCGAAUUGAGGAAGACUUACGGCUCGGAGGAUCUCGGCGGAUUUAAAUUCGAUGGUGACGAUUUGGUCGCUCAAACGGCCAUCUUCUUCUCGGGUGGCUUCGAGACAUCCUCGACGGUUAUGUCCUUCGCCGUUUACGAGUUGGCUCUUCAACCCGAUCUCCAGACGAGACUCAGGCAAGAAAUUCUAGGCGCUCUCGACAAAAACGACGGAAAACUCAACUAUGACACGGUCAUCGCUUUACCGUAUUUGGACAUGGUCGUCUCGGAAACGCUACGAAAGUAUCCACCGUUGGGAUUUUUGGAUCGCGUCGCCAUUCAAGAUUACAAGGUACCUAAUUCCGAUCUGAUCAUCGAAAAGGGUACUCCUAUUAUGAUAUCGAUGACCGGAAUGCAUUACGAUCCCCAAUACUUCCCUAAUCCGGAUAAAUUCGAUCCCGAAAGAUUCAACGAGGUAAACAAGAGGAACAUACAGAGUUACGUUUAUUUCCCCUUUGGCGAAGGACCCCACGUUUGUAUAGGGACUCGCAUUGGACUUUUGCAGGCCAAACUGGGCUUGAUACAUUUACUCAAGGGAUACGAAUACACUCCGUCCGAAAGUACUACCAUACCGAUGCGUUUCGAUCCGAAAGGCUUAACGACCACGUCUUUGGACGGUAUACGACUGAACGUUCGUAAAUACGUCCAAAAUGUCGCUUGAACGUAUUUCUACUUUACUCGCUUAAUUUCUACUACGACCUUUAUAUUAUUUCGCCUAUGUAAUUUACAAUUCGUGUCUUUAGAAAGACAAUAAAGGAACAAUUUUUCUUUA